GCAAUGUGGCAGCGCUUCCUCCUCACGAGGCGACCCGCGGCGCUGCGCCCUUCGUUUUCUCGCCUGCUAGCGACCGACAGCAGCCGUCGUAUUCUGUGUGUGGACGUUCCAGAACACGUUGCUGAGACCUCGUGCGUCCAGGAGCUCGUACAGCGCGGUCACGUCGUGGACCAAGUGCGCGCCGCCUCGGAUGAGUAUCUGACUUCAGUGGUGAAGGACUACGACGCACUGCUGGCAGCUCCCGGUACUAAACUGCCGCGUGAUAUCUUACGCAUUGGAGCCAAGCACAAACUGCAGUUAGUGGCUGUGCCCGCUGCCACCAUCCCCAGCGAGGACAUCGACCUCAUGGAGGCCACUAAUCAGGGCGUGAUGCUACUCCAACUCGAGUCCAAGCAGGUGGGCGACCGCUCGUCCGUAGAGGCAGAGAUCGGUCUCAGUCUGCUCAUCCAAUUAGCACGGCAUCUGCCUCGCAGUAUGGCUUGUAUGCGCUCGGGCGAGGCGUUCGACCGCCAGGAAUUCGCUGGUACCGAGCUGGCCGGGAAGAGCCUCGGCGUCGUGGGCAUUGGACAAGCUGGACGACGUGUAGUAGAUAUGGCGCAUGCGCUUGGACUACAAGUCUUUGGCUUUGACCCUAACUUGAACCAGGAAGCAGCCGAGCUCAUGGGAGUUAAGUGCGUGUCCAUGGACGAGCUGUACGCAGCUUGUGACUUCAUCACUUUCCACGCUCCGCUGACAGCCCGUACACGCGGUAUGUUUGGAGACGAGGCCUUGGAGAAGUGCAAGCCUGGCGUCAAGAUCGUGUCAGUCGCGGAGUACAAGGGCAGCCACGGUCUGCUGGACGAGAACACGUUGCUGCGUGGUCUGGAGUCGGGCAAGAUCAGCGGCGUGGCGCUGGAUCUACUCCAAUCAGCAGACGGACUGGACAUGUCGCCUACGUGGCAAGAGCUGAUGAACCACGAGAAUGUCAUCACACGUGCCCAUGCUGAUGGUACUGCGUCGGACGACGUGCUCCAGCGCCGUAAGUACCGUCUUUUGGCGGAAAACGUGGGUGCUGCACUGGCACAGCGCUACUACCGUGGUGUAGCUAACGGUGUGUUCAUGCCAUUGACGCUCUUGCCGGAGAUGAAGCCAUUCCUGGAGCUAAGCGAGUCUCUCGGUCGCUUCGUGCACCAACUCACACUGUCGGCCGACCCGAAGGACCGGAUCACAAAUGUGUUCCUAGCUGCUACUGGUGGGCUGCAGAUUGACAUCACCACGCCACAAGCUCGUCAGGUAUUGCAGAAUGCGCUGCUUAAGGGAAUGCUUGAGAGUAUGCGGGAGUACAAGGGACCUGCUGAGGACGAGGAACAACUCGAGAUCAGUCUUCUGAACUCAUCGCUGCUUGCUAUGGCGAAGGGUAUUGACGUACGUCAAGGCGACUUAAAGACCGACCCGGCAGCUGUUCGUCGUCACUUGAAGAACUGUCUGGCUGUUGUAGUUGAGACCAAGAACAAGGACCGUCUUCUCGUCAAGGGUAGCGUCUUCGGUGAGGACCCGCGUGUCGUGCGUGUGAACGAGUACUCAGACUUCCCAGCAUUCCGUCCGAAGGGCAACAUUCUGGUGUUCAACAACGAAGACGUCCCUGGUGCUAUUGCCGGAAUUCUGAGUGAACUGUCCGACGCGAAGAUCAACAUCGCCAACUUCGGUCUCGCUCGUCAGAACAACGUUGAACAUCCUCUUGGUAUUCUCGCGUUAGACUCAGUGCCCUCUGACGAGACGUUGAACGCUUUGAAGGACCUACCGAGCGUACGCAGCGUUCGGUUCGCCCAGGUUUAAGAGAUGUGUAUCACGACAAUGCAGCAGUUGUAGUGGCCGAUAGUACUCGAGCUAAAGCGAGAAGAAGCUCGAUAAAAAAACAAGAAAGAGAAGCGUCUAUCGACUGUU